GUAUAUAAGGCGAGAUAGGUGAUAGCAGCAGACCAACCUUGGCUGGUCCGAGCAUCCUCCUUCACUCCGAGCAACCCCCUUCAUUCACGACACCAAAUGAUCCCUCACGUUCAAUUCUUCCUUUCCCUCUCUUAUUCUGACUUCAUUACGAUCCAUUGACGAAAUCAUUACUACGCGAUGCGCUCUAUAUACCUUGCCCCACUCGCGAUUGGCUUUCUGACCUCCCUCGCAAUUGCCGCCCCCGUCUUGUUGUAUACCGGCAGUCCCUACGCACGUGACGCACUCGACUCGCCAGAGAGCACCGCGACGCUGUCUGCCCCCGCCCUUUGUAAGUCCGUAGAUUCCAUGUACUACCUGCAUGCUGAUUCGCGACUCUACUAGCGCGACGUACGGGGGCCCACCUGUCACCAGCGAUAUUGAAGAUGGAACGGGCGACGGACGUGCAUGGACGCUCAUCAAAUGUUUUGCUGUCGCUGUACCCGGCCAUUGGGCCGGAAAAAGGCAGCAAGGUUUGGUACGUUGGAGGCGCAUCCAUUGCCGGUAGCAAUCAGGCUGUACCAGAACUUGUUGGAAAAUACGCCCGAGGCGGCGUGACACCUGUGGACGUGGAGGCGAGCAAGUCGCUCGGGCUUUUCAAGCUGGCGGGCACCGGUCAGCCCAUGAUAGGCAGCGAGAGCGAGUGGUUGGUCGAGCAGCCGUCCGGACUUGUCUUCACCAAGGUGCCUUUGGUCUUGGUCGCGAUCCAUGAGGGGCUAGAUGUCAGGCGAAGGGGCGAGGUUAACGUCGCUGCAGACUUGGUAAGAUCCAAAGUCUUGUCUACGUGCGAGAAGCUCGGAUACGUACCCGGCAAGAAAAUCCGCCCGGAGACCCUGUUCUUCCCGGAGAACUUCUCCUCAGUCAUCAUGCUACCAAUGGGCUGGGUAAAGGUCACAGGGGAAGACCAGAAAACUCAGGGAUGCAUCGCCGCCGCAACGCGGAGCUACAACGAGGUGUCCGUUUCUCUUUGUAAAUUGAUAGGCUGUAAGAUUUCGAAGUAGGAAAUGAACAUGGUUCAUAUGUAUGCAAUGCUAUGUCACCCACGAUCUGCACCUGGGCAUUCCGUUGUUACCAUCCACUCCGCGCAUACUAUUAAUAUGUAUGAUAUCACACAUGCGGUUCCAUAUGCCAUGAAGUCUGGUUCCACAC